UUUGAGCGUAUUUCAAAUAUUUAAUUUUUGUGUUUACUGUGUAUAUUUUUUAAAUUUAUUUAUUUAUUCGUCGCGAAAGUAUAUAAAAACCUCAGAUUUAGCUUCAGUUCGAGCCAUUUUUGUUAUUUCAUUGUCCUUUACUGCUUGGUGAGAAGAAGGAGAAGAAGAAGAAAAAGGAAGAAGAAGAAGAAAAAGGAAGAAGAAGAAUCUCAUAAGUUACAAGCACCUAUAGAAAAAGAAAAUGAAGAGCUUCAUUUGCGUUGUAUUAAUUUUGUGCAUCUCAUCGAUCCAUUCACAAAAAUUAAGUGCUGGUGAUGCAAAAGUAAUGAACGAACUAAGCAUAAUACAGUACAACGCUGCAAGCUAUUAUAGAUAUGUGUCACAAUAUUUUCACUCGAAAAAUUUAUUUGGAUUCAAGAAAUUCUUUAUGAAACUGUCUGAUUUAAAGUCUGAAAAUGCAAUGGAUAUAUUUCAAUAUAUCAGUGGUCGUACCGAUGCACUGCCAAAACUGCAAGUGAGUAUAAAUACGAUUAAUUUUCUCUUUAUAGAUAUUGAAUGUAAGCCAAAUCAUAGGCAGUUAUGACCAAGAACAAUUGUG